GGGAAACUCCAAAGCAAAAUGAAGUCUAUUGGCGCGGCUCGGUCUUGUCUCUGUCAGAGGUUUCACUGAUGUGUAAGAAGUCAGCAGGUAAAACAAAACGCUAUUUAUUUGCAAUUCUUAUCCGUGAUACAUUUCAGGAUCUGAUUUUCUAACUUUGCCACCUGUUAAUUACUGCCGUAGAUCAAACGACUGUAAAAGGAACCGUUUUGAAAGCUGGCAACUCGAUUCCAAAACUUUCCAAAAUUUUAUAGAAUGUCAAGCCGUAUUCUUAGGAGCUCUCUUAACAUUUGAUUUCCCCCGUUUUAAUUUGACUAAAAACACAGUUCCGGCAAAGAAGCAAAGAGAAAUUCUGGAAUUCUCAGGAGCCAAAGUUUUGGGGUGAUCUUCUAUAUACUGUCGCUGUACUUCUCCCAGCUCCGGCCCGCUUAGCAGUGGAUUUAGGAAAUGUUCAUUUAUUCUGUUUUCAGGUUUUAAUCUUAAUGGAGGGACAAUGUGUGCUUUAUUUGUUUGGACUAGUAUAAAGGUGAAUAUAUAAAGCUGCUAUCCUAACCUGGGAGAAAACCCAACUGGAUUCAAUAGGACUUUAUUUUGAGUAGCCACAAUUAGGAUUGUGCUGCAAGUGUGUAAUCUUGUCAUGGGGGAAUGGCUGCUCUGUCCUUGCUUAAUUUGUUCCUCCUUCAUUUUCUUUUUUUAAAAAAACUUUGGUUGGAUUUUAUUUUAUUUUUUACUUUUUGAACUUGCUGAUAGCUCUUUGGCAACAUGAGGAAAAAGUAAACAGACGCCAUUGCACUUAAACUACAACCAAGAAGAGAACCACUUUGAUCAAGUUCAAAUGUAAUAUUUACUUUGGCUGAUCUAUUAUGCAAACAAGGUGAAGUUUAUGGUGAAAAUAGCAGUAUUUUGGCAACGUGCAAUGUUGUUGUAACUGGUCUUGAUAUUAAAUAAAUUUGCAGCAUAAUCCCAUUAAUGUUUAUGCAGAAGUAAGCCCUAUUAAAUUCAAUGGUAAGUGUGGAUAGGAUUGAAAUCUUAGAUGCUGUUCAUUUUUGGAGUAUUAGCAUCGAGGGUAUUUGAUUUAUUGGGAAUCCAAGAGGACUUAGUGUGCUAAUCUUCCCUUCUCCCCUUGUUAGGGGUGGAGAGACACAGAUCAGGGAAGGUUGAUGGUAGCAUAGCAUAGGUGGUUGUCAGACUGCCCCCCCCCCCACUGCACCAUGAGCUCUGAAACUGUAGCUCUACAGAGGAGUGAAGUUUCAGAGGUGACUGUGUAAUUAAGCCCCAUUCUGAACAGUGCAGCAGGGGAAAUGGGACUACAGUACUAUAUCUCUUUCUUCAUGCUGUUUUGGAUGGUUCCUUUUCUGUUGUUGAAGAUUGGGUAGGGGGUAGAAUUCUCCUCUAGGGCCAAUUUCUGCUUCCACCCCUAUUGCCUUCAUUAAACAAAAUUGGUCUCUCCAUGGGUUUAGUAGUUUACUCCUCUCACAUUUUCAUUGUCAAAACUUUUAUCUUCUAACAUUCUUACAGGAAAGCUUUUAAAUAUUUUCAGUGUUUGAACUUCUUCCCCCAGCAAGCUUUCAGAAAUAUUUAUCCCAGAUGGUAUCUGUCUCUGAUUUGAAUUGAAUUUCUUUAUGUGCUGUUGUUGCUUUACGUUGUUUUUAUAUUUAUUUAUUUAUUAUAUUGUUUAAAACUGUUUUUAUAUAUGUAACUGUUUUAUAUAGGCGUAUCACUUUGGGAUGCCUCAUAAGUGAAGUAAAAAUAACCUGUCUCGCUCUCCUCCCCCUUGUUACAAAGUAAUAUUUUUAUGCAUACCUGGGGAGUUGACUGCCAAUGCAGAAAUCCUUAGCUUGCAGGUAGCUUCGUUUAACUGAUAUACUCAUUGGCAUGGGACCACCAAGUUUGCUGUUAGAGGGAAUAAAAGCUUCUGUUCUGAAAGCAGUUAUAAAUUAUUUUGCAUCCUUCUUUCUUAAUCCCCCUAUUUAUUUUUAUUUUCAGCAGGUUUAGAAGCAGGACGUUACUUAUGCUCAGAAAUAUAGCUGAGACAUGUAUUAUUAACAAGUUCUUUAAAAAAGACCAUUCUUGGGAAAUGCCCAGCUGUUACCCAGGAUAGGACAGUCUCUCCAUUGCUUUUCAAAUUGUCCUGCUUUAAAGCAGAACCAGUUCUUAAGAUGUCCAGCACUAUGACCUCCUGGAGUAUAAUCUCGGCAAGAAACAUUAUCUCCACUUUGCAUGGAAAAAGACGUUUGUAUUCCAGGUGCUUUUCAAGCCAGAACAAAGUAGCAUGGAGGCGUUUGCUUGCCAAAGACUCCAUUUCUUCUUUCCUGUCAAGUUGCAGUUGUGGCGUGGACAGCGCUGUGAGAAAAGCUUUCAGGCACACCUCCACAGAAGAAGAAGACUUCUCCUUCCACCUGACACCAUCACAGAUAAAUGAAAUCAUAAGGGCUAAUGAGUUGUCUUAUACAGUACCUGAAUUUGAUGGGAAAAACCCGAGUUCAGUGUUGAAAUUUGAGAGUAACCACUUGGCUGCCAACGCCCCGAGUGAAGACCGUAGAAGUGCAGCUACAUGUUUGCAGACCAGAGGGAUGAUGUUUGGAGUUUUUGAUGGCCAUGCAGGCUAUGCUUGUGCACAGUCGGUCAGUGAGAGGCUGUUUUUUUACAUUGCUGUUUCUCUUCUGUCUCAACAAACACUGCAAGAAAUCGAGUCUGCCAUGGAGUCCAUGAAACCAGUUCUGCCUAUUCUGCAGUGGCACAAACAUCCCAACGACAGGUUCUUUCAUGAGGUCGCCCCAAUGUAUUUGGAGCAGCUCAGAGUUUAUUGGCAAGACUUGCUGAACCUGGACAUGGAGCCAUGCCUUACUAAGAAGGAUGCGUUGAUCUAUGCAUUUAAAAGGCUGGAUUCAGAUUUCUCUUUGGAAGUCCAGGCUCCCACAGAAAAUGAAUUGGCAAGGAACAUAGCUCUUCAGGUGGCUUUCUCGGGCGCAACAGCAUGUGUGGCUCACAUUGACAGUGUUAAUUUGCAUGUUGCAAAUACUGGUGACUGUAGAGCAGUUCUAGGGGUUCAAAAUAAAGAUGGGAUGUGGUCCGCCCUCCCUCUUACUCAAGACCACAAUGCCUUUAACAAAUUGGAAGCUUUAAGGUUAAAAAGUGAGCACCCAGCCUCUGAAGAGGACACUCUCAUUGUGAACAACAGGUUGCUGGGAGUUCUUAUGCCCUCCAGAGCUUUUGGAGAUGUCAGAUUUAAGUGGAGCCAGGAACUUCAGCAGAGUGUGCUAGGAAAUGGUUGCAACACGGAGGCUUUGAACAUUUAUGAGUAUGCACCGCCAAACUAUCAUACACCUCCUUAUUUAACUGCAGAACCUGAAGUCACGUACCACAAAAUAAGAAAGCAGGAUAAAUUUUUAGUGAUUGCUUCAGAUGGGCUGUGGGACAUGUUGAGUAAUGAAGAGGUGGUCAAGCUUGUUGCCACGCAUCUGCUUGAAGACAAUGCCCAGAAAACACCACUUGCUUUUAAGAAACCAGCCAACCUAGGUUACAUGCAAAACUUCCUUCUUCAGAGGAAGGGCGGGCACAUCCGCUCCUAUGACCAUAACGUGGCUACCCACCUCAUCCGAAAUGCCAUUGGCAAUAAUGAAUAUGGAGAGAUUGAUCCAGAGAGGCUUGUGGCAAUGCUGACUCUUCCUGAUGAUGUAGCACGGCUCUACAGGGAUGACAUCACAGUUACUGUGAUAUAUUUUAAUUCGGAUAUAAUUGAAAGUUACUACAGAGAUAACGAAUAAUGGACUUGUCUUUAUGAGCCGUACAUGUUCUAUGGACCACUAGGGAUUAAAAAAAAAUUAAAUCCCUAGCAAUACCAUUGUGCAGAAACUCUUGUCUUCAGAAGUCUUAUAAUGGCUCUUUUAAUGAAGAAUUCAUGUAAAAAUUCUAAUAGCCUGCUUUGAUUAAAACAGCUAUCCCCAACUAUCUAGACGUUUUGGAACUACCAACUUCCAUCAUCCUCAGCCGGCAAAGACCUGCUGGAUGGGGCUGAUUUGAAUUAUAGUCCAGGUGGGGGGAACAGGUGGGUUAAAGCAAUGCAAAAUUAUUUAUUUAGUAGAACAAAGAUUGUAAGACAUCCUGGGCGGAAGGGGCAUCCUUGUGCCAAGGUGGAUGAGAGUGAAAUAUGCUGCUUGUUAAUCAAAGCCAUAAACUCAAGUGGCUGAAUAUCAUUGCCAUUGAAAUUCAUGGCAAAUUUCUCUGUGAAUUGAGAGAACUUGCGCUGAACAAUAUUAGAAAAAUACGCUAGAAUGGUGGCCAGCACUUUUCCUUUGAAGGCCAAGUUGCAAGAUAGCCAUGAAUGCAAAUACUGUAUGGCAGGUGAGGAGGGGCUUGGUAUAGGUGUGCCCCCAGGACUGAGUGUUUCCAAGGGAAAGUCUGCUAGGUACUAUUCUGGUACAAGAUGUGUUGAAAUGCAUAGCAGCUGAACAAAAGGGGCACAUAUUAGAAAACUGUCUCAGGAAAUCGUGCACAAUAUUUCACUGAGACUCACUUCCAAACUAGCAUGAUAAAUUCUUUGCAUUUAUUCCUGCAGGGAAUAUUUGUUUCACAAAGCAGUGCAGCCAUUUAAAAUUAAAUGUCAGUUUGACUGGCUCUCCUACUCAGCUUCCUGCAGUGCCCUAUUUAAAAUCUGAAAACUAGCUUUCUUCUUGUUCUGACUGUGAGAUUGUUUAUGCACUAGACUAAUUGCUGCUUGAACACAUUUAUACUGCACUACAGGGAUUCAGAUCACUUGCUGACUACUGCUGCUGCUGCUGCCAUAGUACCAAUUGUAUCUAUGCCUCAGAGCUUCUCAAGCCUAUAGAAAUGUUGUCCUUUUAAAAAUACCUCAGAAGCAAUUACUACUUUUAGUUAUGUUGCACCCUUGCAAAGCAUAUGGCCGAAUACUUCUAGUUUUCAGAAAGUAUCCUUUCUAAUACCUUUUAACAUGUCUGGGCAUCUGGAUCUGCUAUCGGGGCAACUCAUGUCUUUUGAAAUAAAUCAUUGCCAGUGGAAGCUAGCUAUUUUUGGCUCGUUGGGAAAUGUAUUCUUUUAAUAGCUUAAAAAGAUCUUUUUUGUUUUCGUUUUAAGAAAAGAUGGCUGAAGUUUUGUUUGUAGGCUAUAUGGAAAUGCUGUCCUGAAUCUGCACACAGUGCUAGUUGUUUCAUGCAUAUUGAAUCUUCGUGAAAAAUGCUUCCUAAAGAGCCUUUAUUUAGUGUUCUGUAUAGUUUGAAUCCUGCUUUCAGAUUAGACCUUACCUAACCAACUGCUCACUUGAAAUCCAAUUCAUAGUUAACAGUUGCAACCUUCUUUCAAAACCAUCAGAUAAAGCCACAUUUAAUACACUUCAGUCUAUCACUUAAACUUGAAUACAAUGCCUUUGUACUGGGCAAUGAAGAAUCACACAGGUGGAAUUUUCCACUCUCUGAGUCAAAAUUGGGACUUAACGGUGUUUGGAGGCCACAUCCUACAGUACAAAUUUCAGGAGUAAAGCCCAAUGAAUUAAAAUCUUAAAUGUCAUGUUCUGUACAAAGAAAUGUGGGCAGGUUGGGGGAAUGGCAUGAGGUACAAUUCAUGAGUUAGUUUUUGAUGUGGAUUAGAAAUAAGUUUUGUCUCUUUCCAAGUGAUAUAACUUGAGACUUGCAGGAAUGCCUUAACUGAAAGCAGAAGAAAGUGAGUAAGAAGAGAACUAGGAAAGAAGGAAGUGGGCAUCAUUCACAACAUGUAUUCAUUUCUGUAGAAUUUUAACACUUCUUAUUUUGGAAUCAAUUUCUAAAAAGUAUAUUAUAAUUCAAAAGUUUGCUUUUUUUCUGCCUGCACUUUAAAACCAAACUACUGUACCUGGUUUUGCACACAGGAAAGGCUUAAAUCAUAAAAUAUUGCUGGAUCUGAAUGCAUGUCUAGGCAUUAUUUAGCAAUGGACCUGAGAAUUGUGUAAGAUCUCCGUCAAAUGUGAGGAGAGAUAUCCUUUAAGUAGAUGCAGAUUCUAGCUUCAAGUACAAUCUCUAAUACCUCAUUAGAAGGGUUUUCUUAUCAUUUUAGUCAAUUGUGCAUAAGUAAGAUAGUUACGAAUGAGGCUUUUUCAUGUCCGCUUCAAAAGAAAUGGUGUGUGUUACUUAAACACACUAACCUUUUUAAAAAAAAUGUUAAGAAAGAUUGUGUUGAACUGUACUUGUUAACUGGCAAUUACUGUUUAAAGGUAAAGGGGCCCCUGACCAUCAGGUCCAGUUGUGUCCAACUCUGGGGUUGCGGCGCUCAUCUCGCUCUAUAGGCCGAGGGAGCCGGCGUUUGUCCGCAGACAGCUUCCGGGUCAUGUGGCCAGCAUGACAAAGCUGCUUCUGGCGAACCAGAGCAGCACACGGAAACGGCGUUUACCUUCCCACCGGAGCGGUCCCUAUUUAUCUACUUGCACUUUGAUGUGCUUUCGAACUGCUAGGUGGGCAGGAGCUGGGACCGAGCAACGGGAGCUCACCCCGUUGCAGGGAUUCAAACCGCCAACCUUCUGAUCAGCAAGCCCUAGACUCUGUGGCUUAACCCACAGCACCACCUGGGUUUACUGUUUAAGAGACUACAUUUGUGGGUUUUUCCCUGUAAAAACAGACUUAGCAUGUAUUUAAUUUAGAGUGUUUUAAUUCAGAGUGUGAAAAUUAAUAUUUAGAAAGUGUUUAACAUAUAUGCAAAUUAUGCAGUUGGCUGUACAUUCUACUCUUUCUGUAGCUGCAGCAAUACAGUUGUUUGCCAUUAACUACCGGUACUAUGCUUCUGAGGCAACUUCUGAAUUUCCUCAGGCUGCUGUUGCUUUUCAGGAGCAUGUGACUUACAGCUUUCCCAAGUGUCAAUAUGAUACUUCAUUCCAAGCUUUUGUUUCUGAUCUAAGCACAACUCCUUGCUGGCUUACCCUCCUGGUAUAUCUGACCCACUGAAUCAGUUCAAAGCACCUCUGCUAAAUAAAUGUGUGUUUCUGUUCAAUCAGUUUGGAUCAUGUCUGGUCCCACCUGAAGUCCUUUGCCUGUUAUUUGAUUCUCUGCCUGUUAUUUCUUUUUCACUUGCCCAUAACUCUGUCACUGACAAUAUGACAAUAUCCUACCCAUUAAAUUUCCUUGCUUGCUCCAUCUAUUCUGUAAUAGCUCCUCUGUGAUCAAGCCCCUGUCCUUCUUGCGCUCCUGUUUCUGUGACUUCUGUCAUGCUAUCACCUUCAACAGUAUAAAACAAUGUCUUGAUUCACACCUAAUGCUAAACCAUGGUUUAUUAAGCUAGAGUUCAUUAAAACAUGGCUUAGCACAGGCAUCCCCAAACUGUGGUCCUCCAGAUGUUUUGUCCUACAACUCCCAUGAUCCCUAGUUAACAGGACCAGUGGUCAGGGAUGAUGGGAAUUGUAGUCCAAAACAUCUGGAGGGCCGAAGUUUGGGGAUGCCUGGUCAGCAGCUUAACUAUGGUGUUUCUACUACCAACAAACUACAAUCUUAAACCAUGCUUUAUUGUUGGCUUAUGAACCUUGCUUUGUUUUAACUAUGGCUUUCCAUUCCACAACAGCCUUAACUAUGGGUUUGUUUGACCACCAUACACCCCCAAACGCUAGUCAAACUACAAAGGCACAAGGCAAGAGCAACACUGGAGAAACAAACCACAGUUUCUUUGAUCAUGUGUGGGACAAACCAUUGUAAACUUGCAGUUUGUGCAACAAACCAUGGCUUAAACUAAUUAUGGCUUAGUGUUAUGUGUUAACCAGGCCAAUGACCUCCUUGUUUGACAAGCCUACUUCCUGUCUCCUGAAACCUUCUUCAAAACUCGUUUUAACAAACAAUUUUAAAAAAACCCAUAAGCCCAGUGGUCUGUUCCAUCAAUUGUUUUCUUGGGUUUUUCCCAGCCCUCUUUUGAGAGCACUUUUAACAGAAGAGAUGCUGGGGAUUGAACCCAAAACCUUACACAUGCAAAGCAUGUACUGUACCACUGAGCUAUGAACUUUUCACCUCUGUUGUCUUGCUCUUCCCCAACUCAUUUACUGCUUUUCUUGGUCUGUUCGUGAUCUUUUCUCCAUUUCUGUAUACUGUGGUGUCUGUUGCACAGUAUAAUUCUAUGCAAGGACUGUCAUUUUUGUGCUGUAUACACCUAAUAUUUAGUAAUGCAAGCAGAUAUAGCA